UUCUCGAAACGCAUUCACCCAAUUGGCAAACCCUAGCAUCCGCCGCCGCGGAAGAUGCAGAUCUUCGUGAAAACCCUAACGGGUAAGACGAUUACCCUCGAGGUUGAAUCCUCCGAUACCAUCGACAAUGUCAAGGCUAAGAUCCAGGACAAGGAAGGCAUCCCGCCGGACCAGCAGAGGCUGAUCUUCGCCGGGAAGCAGUUGGAGGAUGGCCGCACCCUAGCGGAUUACAACAUCCAGAAGGAGUCUACUCUCCACCUGGUCCUCCGCCUCCGCGGUGGCGCGAAGAAGAGGAAGAAGAAGACGUACACCAAGCCGAAGAAGAUCAAGCACAAGAAGAAGAAGGUGAAGCUCGCUGUUCUCCAGUUCUACAAGGUGGAUGAUUCCGGUAAAGUGCAGCGGCUGAGGAAGGAGUGCCCCAACAAUGAGUGCGGUGCAGGUACUUUCAUGGCGAAUCACUUUGACAGGCACUAUUGUGGUAAGUGUGGCCUUACUUAUGUCUACAAUAAGGCUGGCGGCGACUGAGAUUCAUUUCUCCGCCUCGUUGAAAACUCUACAACGUUUACUGGUUUUGCACUUUCUGAAUUUCGUUGGUAUGGCUUAGGGCAAAGAUUUUGUUGCAUCGACAUUGAAUUUAUAAUUUAUGUUUUAUCUUGUGACUUUCUUCUAAUCUUUGUGGUUGUGUUAUAGAGUUUUUCUUUGAUUCUA